CUCGUCUCCCCACACCCGGCCGGCCGUUCUUGGAUUUGUAGAAUCUGUACUUGUAUAUUGGCCAUUGGUUGCCAGCCCGCUGGUCAAACAGCCGACAUGCAACAUGCUGUGGCAGAAGACACUCCCCGCGAAGGCCACGGUGUCGAAGACGAGGAUGCUUGGGACGACGACGAGUCCGAGGACGACAUCGAGGCAGAGGCCGAAGACAUGGCUCGCCGCCUUCAAGAGCAGCUGCGAGCCGACAUCGAGCGAGCACAGCAAGAGGCGAGGGCCCAGGCGAAUGGUGCUAUCCCGCAGCCUAUUGCUGGGCCAUCCACCCCACCUCCCAAUGCACACGAAACUAUGAGUCUGGAACAACUCGCACAUGGGAAUGCUCCCGGAACUGCGAGCGAGAGACGGAGUGCCUCUGCCAUCCUCACCAUGAAAGCCAUCCUGGCCUCGGCAGACAAGAAUCCACUAGUGCGCUCUACGCUGGCUGCAUCUGUAGUCCCUGGCGGUGGCAACCACAAUGUACUAGACAUCUUCAAUCAAUGCAUCACUUGCAGAAAAGUAACGAAGGACGUUGCAAAGCACCUCGUUGAGGCCGUCAUUUCGCUCGCCAAGUCCGAGCUGCUCUUCGCGUCGCUCAGGAACUCGGACGCGCCUGCCAUACAGCUCGACAAGGGUAAGCGACGAUGGGACGCUGCAGAUGGCCCCUCGCACGAUGAACCACCGCAAGAGCCUCCAACCAAGCGCGUCGCCCUCGAGCAGCCAGACUUGCGCUACCAGGUCUCCGAAGCGGUCAGGCUCAUCACACACGCGCUCUCCCCCAUCGCCUCCAGCCCAACACCCAUGAUCCACCCCCACCUCAUCGCCUCCAUCCACCUCCAGCUUCACCAGGUCUUCCUCUUCGCAGUGACAUCCGCACCCCGCGCAGGCGACCGCGCCACUGCUCUCCAAGAGCUCGCCGGGCUCAUCCAAAUGCUCGGCGUCCUCAGCGGCAUCCAAAUCGGCUCCCAAUCCUCCGCCUCCGAACCCCAAUCCCACACCCCCGGCUGGUCCCAGUCCCCCGGCGCGCCCGACAUCGGCACCGCCGUCUACCCCUGCCUCACAUGCCCCAAGGUCUUCGCGCGCCUCUUCUCGCUCAAGGCGCACCAACGCGUGCACCUCCUCGUCGAGCGCCCCUUCCGGUGCGACCUCUGCGUCGCAAGCUUCGUCCGCAACCACGACCUCAAGCGCCACGCCCGCCUCCACGAGCGCCGCGCCUACCGAUGCGGCGGCUGCGGCAAGGUCUUCAGCAGGCGCGACGCCAUCAAACGCCACCAGGAUAACCGCCGCGGCGUCGCGCGCGGCCGCACCGGCGACGACGGCGCGCACGGGGCGUUCGCGGGCGUCGCGGAGAGCGUGUGCGCGUACGCGGAGAUCGUAGAGGUCGAGGUGGACCGACCCGAGAGCGAGGAGGAGGCCGUGCGCCGCGCGAAGAUGUGGGACGGCAUCGCAGCGAGCACGAUGCAGUUCAACGCGAGCGCGAACGGUGGCGCGCCCCCGAUGUAUACCAACCACCCGCUCGGCCCGGACGACGGCCCCGAGGAGGGCGAGAUGCACCCCGGCGUCGUGCUCGAGGCGCAGGCGAUCGUACUCGGCCUCCACCCGAUGCUCCAUGGCUACGUGACGAAGGUGCUGGGACACGCACCGGUGCUGCAGAAUACUGUCCAGCCGCCCUUGGGGCAGCAGCCGACUCCCCAAGCGGCCUUAGCGCAACCACCGCCGGUGUCCGCUGGCCAACCGACCCUGGCGAGCGUCAUUGCAAGCGCGAAUGCGAAUGGCGGAUUCGCGAUGCCCAUGACGGAGACCUCGCAAACGACGACGCAAGCAGAUGUGCCUUCUGCAUCCUCUGCGCUCUCUAGUGCGCUCUCGUUGUCGGAGGAACAGACACGGCUGCUAGAGCAAGCGAUCGCCCAGGCGGCACUGGCUGCACAGGCGCAAGCGGAGGCGGAGGCCGCCCUCGAGGAGGAAGACGAGGGAACCGAUGAUGAGGAUGACGAGGAGGACGGAUAACAUGCCUACUUUGUGUGUACGGGAGCAUCUGAACGAAUAUUGAAUGUACCUCUGAGUGUACUAAUUGUGAUCUGGAUAGACUUGCGUGGGUUUCCCUGUACGU